GGAUAACAAACAUCGGAAGCUAGGAACUUGCUACUUCCCCCAGAGGAGACGUCACCGAAAUACCUUCGUCGCGCGAAUUACACAAAGGGCCACAGACACUCACAAUAUCUCUCUCUAUCUCUCUCUCUCCUUGGGCAGCUUCUUCACUCAUGCAAAUGAGCAAUCUCUGCGCCAGUCCUCAAUUUCCAUUCAAAUUUUAAUGGCUGAUUAAGGAAACUUAAUUGUAAUGGGAUGGGAGCCCAGAAGAGCAUCCAUGCUGGCAAAGCCAAGAUUGAUGUUAAUGUCGAUUUCACUCACAAGCUUUGUGCUUCAUUGAUGCUUCCUCCUUUGAGUAAUGGCAGUGGCAGUCCUCUCUCUCUGAUAAUUGGGAGUCUUUGCAUCAAACAUCCAAACUUAUUUGGUGGAAGUGAGAAGCUUGAUGUGUCAUGGGAUAAGGGCCUGUAUGAUUCUAAUGUUUUAAUGGCUUAUAGAAGACCAAGACCUGAAUGGCUAGCUCAACAGUCUUUUGUAGUCCAGCAUUCUAUUUCACCCGAGAUAGGGGUUCAUGGCAUUCCCAUGGACAAUUUCUCACGUUCAGGUAGUGGAGGUGUAAAUUUGUCUCGAUUAUCAGUGGGCAUGGAUUUGAAUGAGCCUGCAAGUUCCAAAUGGAGUAGCACAACUAGCAUAAAGUUUGAGCAUGUCCGGCCACUGAAUGAUAAUGGCCAGUCUAUGAGCCGAGAUCUAGAUGGAUUUCCUGUCACAUGCAGUGGAAGUCCCCAUGAUAGCAUGGUAAUUCUAAAGCAAGAAUCUCGGUAUGCAAAGGCAAAUGAUCACAGUUUUUUUCAUUUCAGUCUGCAGAUAGAACAAGGGAUACCAGUCCUAUCUAAGUGGCUAAUCUUCAACAAGUUUAAGUUUGUUGCAUCAAAGGGAGUCAAACUUGGACCGGCAUUUCUCUUGAUGAGAAUGACAGGUGGUUCCAUUGUAGGGGACAUGGCUCCUUACCAAGCAUUUGCAAUUGGAGGUCUUGGCAGUGUGCGAGGGUAUGGUGAGGGUGCAGUGGGGUCUGGUAGAUCGUGCUUAGUUGCAAAUAGCGAAUUGACAUUGCCUUUUAACAAGAUGCUGGAAGGUGCUGUUUUCUUGGACUGUGGAACUGAUUUGGGGUCUGCUCAUCAUGUACCUGGAAACCCAGCCUUGAGGCAAGGUAAACCAGGAUCUGGAGUUGGACUUGGAUAUGGCCUUCGUCUCAAAUCACAGUUUGGCCAUUUUGUGGUUGAUUACGCUUUAAAUGCCUGUCAACAAAAAACAGUCUAUUUUGGCAUCAGCAACCUGGCUUCAUGAAUGCUCCGUGGCCCAAGUAGUUGCAGAUUUCACACUUCUUCCGUCUCCAUGUCCUAUUUUCCAGCCAGAGCACGGAGGCAGUAUAUACCAAAUGCCAUUCAUUACUGAUCAAGUGUUGGUUUCUGCAGAAUGUUAGCUGCAGCUAUCCAAGUUGUUCACCUCCCCAAUUUGGGAAUGAGAUUGAAACUUCAAGAGCAUUGGAAAUAAUUAUUGUCUUAUUUCCUAUUUUUCAUUCAAAUGAUGAAAUUAAUUGUUAGAAAUUUUUACAGGAUAGCUUCUGAUUUUCUUUAAAACAUAUACCAGAUUUGGGUUGGGAAAAGGAAUUGUUUUGUACAAAUAUGCCUCUCAAUUAUAGAAGAUGGUUUAAAUGGAAUUAAUUUUACUUGUGA